UUAACAAUUUACUCAGUAAAUAUAUAAUAAAUAAAAUAAAUAAAUUACGAUAUCGUAAAAGUAUUUUUUGUAAUAAUAAUAAAAAUAAAAAAAUUAUUAAAAAAAGACAUAAUGUAAUAUGUGUGUGUAAUAAGAAGAGAGUCAUCUAGACUACGCAUUAUUGAGGGGGGGUAAGAAAGAAUAAGGAAAACGAAACGUUUCAGAACCAGUUGCGACGAAAUGGCGUCAUUUCAUCUUUGCAAGAAAAUAAUCGAUUCUAAGAUAAUUCAUCAACCAUAAGCAUCUAAAGAAAAGAGAAAGUACCUUGUUACCCAUUAAUAUUUUAUCAUAUUCAUGGCAUAAUUUUGCAGAAAACUUACUAUUAAAAAAUUUUAAUAUCAAGUUACAUUCAUCAUGGGUAAAAGAAAAUCUCAAAAUCCCAGAAAAAUUAUUUCUAUUCAUAAUGAAGAUGACAGUGAUUCUGAUGUUUCUAUAUUUGAAAACAAACAGGUGGGACGAGAAACAUUUAAAAUUACUGAGAGUAAUAAGUUAGGUUUCAGUCAUAAUAUAAUGGGAAAAAAUUAUUGUUAUAUCAAUAAAGUUAGUACAAAUCAGGAUAAUGAAACAUUUGAUGAAGACAGCGAUUAUUCUGUGACCAGUGCAAAGCGAAUGUGCAAUACAAUUCCAUUAAAUUAUAUAGAAAGAAAAGAAGAAUUUGAUGAUGUUUCUGACAUCAAAGAUAAUUAUAAUCAUACAUCUAGUACAAUGGUUGUUUUUCCAGAUAUGAUUAAAUCUGGAAUUUUGACUGCAAAUGCAAGAAGAAAUUUUAUUAAUAAUAAUAUGAAAGUUGCAAUGCAGAUGGAAUCCAUUGAAACUUGUCAUAAUAGUAUGAAUGAUAAAAAAACAUUUAAUUCUGUUGGAAAUAAUGAUAUGGAUGAUCCUUUAGAUCUUUCAAUUGAUCAGAGUGAUUCAACGUCUGAUGACAGCUGGCAUAAUAAUAAAGAUCCGAAAAAGUACAAUUCAAUAGGAAGUUAUGUGCCGAGAAGAAGAAAUCAGACAUAUCCACCAACAUUCAAAUUAGCUGUUGUGCAGUAUGCUGAAAAACAUGGUGUUAUGGCAGCUGCAAGGUAUUAUGAUGUCAGUCCAAAAAGAGUUAGAGUUUGGCGUACAAGUAAUAUGAAACAGACAAUAAUUAAAAAGAUUAAGAAACAGGGUUUAGAUAUUCUUGAAAUUGAAACUGGAUCAUCUACGGACAGUAAAGAAAAAUCAAAUGUUCCAUUGUCAGUGAGUACUGACACAUCAGUAAAGACAGAUUCGGUAAAUAAAUGUGCUGAGAUAAUAGAAAAAUCAAAUCAUUCAAUUUCUCGUUCAGGAAAGUAUUGUUGUAGGAUGAAGGAAAAAACUAUAGAAACACAAAAUAGAACAAUUCCUGUUUGGGAAAUAGAAUUAUUUGCUAAUUUAAGAAAACAGUUGAAUUCAAAGAACAGUAUUAAAAUAAAAAAGUUGUUAGAAACUGCAAAGAAAGUGCAGCCAUCACAUUUCAAAACAGAAGAAAAUGGUAUUCCUACUUUAUGGAUAGUGCAAUGGUGUGUGAAGUUUGGUGUUGGAUUUGAAACAAACAAAUGUUGUGAUAUAUGUGCAAUACCAAAGGAAUUAACAGAGAAUAUUGUCAUCAGAAAGGUAAAACCAGCAGUUGCUGGCCAGGGAAUUGUAGAAAAGCAAAAGAAAUUACGAAAGACAUAUAGUCCAGACUUUAAGUUGCAGGUAUUGUAUUUAUUUUUAUAUUCAUAGAUUGAAAAUUUUCCAUUGUACAUGUUUAACUUGUGUGAUAAAAUUAAACUUUUAUUUGUUUCAACAAUUUUCUUUGACAUUUUCAUAAUGAUUUUAAACUGAUAGAUAACAUUUGAAAAAGCAUUCAU